AUGGAAAAAAAGAUAGUGCGCAAAGGGCCGCUGCCUGGAGGUCGCCAGGGCGCGUCUGGAGCUGGCGCUGGACGCGACAGCAUGCGGGCUGCCAGCCGAGCGCGGGGUGUUGCAAGACCACCUAGCAGCCCCCCGCAUCCAUCAUCCCCACCAGAAGGCUUGGUGUCGGCUGGGUCUUCUCGGACUCAGCAAGCGGCACUAGCCGCUGGUGGAGCACGUCGCAUGAGUUGGUCAAAAUUAAUGAAUGCAAACGCACUGUGGUCGUAUUUUAGGGCAAAAGAGGAAGAAACUGGAUGUUUGGCGUAUCGGGCUCGGAUGCAUCGCUUUUUUGCAGAGAUGGAACUCGAACGACUACGACGUGAGGCUAUUCCUUCAUCGAAUGGAAAUGCUACGGCUGGGAAUGCGGCGCCACUAGAUGCGCAACAAACAGCAUAUGUGGAUGCUGCCGUCAACAUUCCAUUUGUGGCUAAUUCAGAUGAUCAGAAAUCAGGUAUCACAGACAACGAAGAACCAGAUACAGAAAGUUUAGAUUUAAAUACUGAAAACCACACAACAAAUGAAAAUGAAAAUUUACAUAGGGAAAAGAUAAUUGCCAUAGAUGAAAUGUUUACUAAAGCUUUAGAAUAUUGUGCUAAUACAAACCCAACAGAAAGACAAUUUAUACCAAAGCAGAGGUCAUCAAAAAAAUUUAGUAAAUUAGUCGCCUAUGUAAAUAAUAUUUUAUUGCCACAAUAUAUCAACAGCGAAAUUGAAUUUAAAACAUUUCAGAAUUUAGUGUACUGUGCAGCAUGGACUUCAGCUAAGCUCAACGGAGCUAAAAUUGAAAUAGCUAUACAAGUUGAUAAUCCGUUAGGACCUGAGAAACAAAAGAAAUAUAAUAAGCCAAAGUGGGAACAAAGAUUAGAAAACAAAUUUGAAUUAAAGUUGUUUUUGAGGAAACGUGAAAGACAUGAACUACUUUUGCAAAAAUCACGUACUUUGUUUAGCAAUUUGCUGAAAGAGGCGCCACCAUUAUAUGUUCGAUAUACGCCGGAAGGUGUACCAUCUUCUACGGACCGCAUGCCUAUACAGCUUAGCUCUAGCAAAGACUCGUGUUGUCGUUGGACGACAAUGCCUCUAUUGACCCGUGACCGUCUCGAAGGCUUAGGCAGUCCAGUCAAGGAAUGUGGGGUGACCUGUAAGGACUAUUUAGACAUUCACAAGAGGUGUACUGCUGAGAACAUCUUCUCCCUGGUCAGCGAUGUUCAAACUAAGACAAAGGGAUGA